AACUGAAAUAAACAAUAAUGAAAACCAUAAUGAAGCAAUUUUACAUUUUCAUUGUUUUAUUAAGUAUCAAUGAAGUAACCUUAGGAAAUGAAGAGAAUAUAUACGGUGAACAAUUGAAAAGACCACAAUGUCAUCUCCUAUGCGGAAUUUGUAGACGUAUAGGAAGAUUGGUAAAAACAUUCAUUGAACAUGAACCAUUCCUCCCAUUAACCUCAAAAAUAAUAUCUCAGAUAUGCAAAUUAAUUCCUGAAGAACAGUGGAGAGAUGAAUGUCUGGACAUUACAAAUUAUUUACCGAGGACAAUUCAUCAAUUGGCUCAUCAUAUGAAUGUUACCUUAGAAUGUUCUAAACUAGGUUUCUGUCACCAUAAACACACAAUGUUAUCAGAUUCUGAAAUUUCAUCAUGUAUUAAUGAGCAUAUAAAUUAUGGCUUGUCUCUAGCCAAAUCACCAGAAUAUGAAGAGAUAAUCAUAAAGAAUGUGUGUAAACAUCAUGCAGCUGAUAAACACAAAAUAUAUUGGGUCCUCGAACUCUUUGCCGGUAGCGUUUUUCAAAGACAUUUUCGUUAA